GUGAAGGCUCAUUCUGUAAUAUGCUGUGAUCGCUCCAAGUUGAAGGGAAAAGUUAAACAUAGUUGGAGCAUUAUCAAUUAUCUUAAUAGCUACAAAUACGAAAAACUGGAUGUUCUUACAGGUACAGUACAUUUUUCGUCAGGGUUAUCAACGUUUUAUUUGAAAACUGGUUAUAGAAGUGUUAGAAUGGGGAAAGUACAUUGACUAUUUCAGAGUGUUUAGUAAUACUCACGGCUUUAAUUCUCGUCAAUUGUAUUGUUCAGAGAAUUAUAUAAUUAUAACUUUGGUAAUAUUAAGUUAAAAUGGAUAUUUUGAAAUGUAAUCUGAAAUAAUACGCCCUAAAAAGUGAGCGAUAAUCGGGGCUUUUUAUAUUAAAUAGAAUUGAAAAUAGAAAAUUACUACUAUUAAUGAUAAUAAUUUAAUAUUUGUCGUUAUUUUUAACAGAUAUUUUCAAAUAAGAAAUAUUGGUACGAAUAAUCUAUCAUUCAAAGUUUUAUCCGAAGCUUGAUUUCAAUUUCGGACUAUCUUUGAAAGUUACGAACAUAUUUAGAUAUAUACCUAUAUAUAUAUAUGUAUAUAUAUAUAUACAUAUAUAUAUAUAUAUAUGUAUAAUAUGGAUAAGGCGACUAAGCGACUCUCUUCUUAUAAACAAUGUAAAAUGUGUAAAUGUACCUUCGCUCAAUUGGCAUAUAAUGGAUAUUAUUACUUCAGGGACGAUGAUAGUAUUGCGUGUCAUAAAUGCGCAGUAAAACAUUUCUGUUUUUAUGAAAAAGACAUGACAGAUCUUAAACAUAAAACUACUUGUGAAUAUUAUAAGGACUCUCCUCAGAGUGCUAAAAAAGAAAAAGCUGUAUUAUCGUCUAAUGAUUCUGAAAAUAAGCUUGAAUUUCAAUAUAACGAACUUUCUGACGUCCCCUCUGCUGCCUCCAGUAAUCCUCUUAGAAAUCAGUCACAAUCGGUUCAGCAGGCACGUCCGAAACCGAAUCGUUAUGGAAAAUCAGCGCAAGACAGCCCAGAGAUGCCGACUAAAGCAGCCGAAAAAAAUCUAAACGCAUCAUACACAUUCGACAAUAGUGCUGAGGAUUUAUCAAGAGAGAAGGAUAGACUAAAUACAUUUACAAAUCCAAAAAAUCCUUGGCCUCUCAAGAGUGUAAUCGAUGAAAAAGAACUAGCAAGAGUGGGAUUUUUCUAUUUAGGAUUAGCUGAUAGGGUCCAAUGUUACUUCUGUAAUGGUAUUUUAAGAAAGUGGAGUCUGGGGGACAAACCACUUGACGAGCACAAGAAACAUUUUCCCAAUUGCCCUCAUUUGAGAAAUUGUAGGGAGUAG